AGCAUAAAAACAUUUUAAAGGGCACACAUCGAGGUAAACGUCGACGGGAAAAUUUCGCAAACCGAGACCCUACCACCACCACCAGAGAAAAUCGCUCGCAGACGCGGCGUUUUCUGCUACCCUAAAGCCCUGAUGGUCUCAUCCGCGCCGUUGGUCUCGCCGCUACAGCCUAAAUCCUCCAGUCCGGACGGGGACGACGCCGAAGAGGAGAUCGAGUACGAGGAGAUUGAGGAGGAAAUCGAAGUAGAAGAGGAGGUUGAAGAAGAGGUAGAAGAAGUGGUGGGUGAUGAUGAUGACGAAAUUGGGCAAGAUUUAACUCCAGUGCGCCAAGAAAAUCACGAACAUGGGGAAGGAACCUCUAGAGAUAGUGGUCCAAAGACUCCCUUUCAUGAUAGUGGGGAAAUGAACCGUGCCGGAAGUUCUCAUUCUAUUGCAGGCGUUGAUGCUGCAUUGCCAAUGGAUGGUACUUGUGAGAAGAAUGAUCCUCCAAUAGCUGUAAAGUCUGGAACGAGUCAGGACAGCGUAGAUGCUUUGGGUAACCUAGGUCAAAUUUCGCCAAGGUUGCACCUGCCACAUAUAAGAUUAAGGGAUCCUUCCUCUAGUGUUGAAUAUGGCGGACGGGAGAUCAAAAAGUUGGGUAUUGUUUGUGAGUUUCAUUCAAAAGGAUGGUGUAUUAAGGGAAAUUCUUGUAGGUUCCUUCACAUAAAGGAUAAAAUAGAUGCUUUGGAUAGGAGUAAAGCACUGAUGGGAGAAGCUUCAUCAAGUGCAUGUGUUCCUACACAUCAAUGUGGUGAGAACCAAAGAAUGAAUAAGACAGAAAAAAUGGCGUCCUAUCAAGAUGGUGCAUUGGGAAGCUUUCCGUUAGUGGCUGGUGUAGGAAGCUAUGGACAUGAUCGGUACAUGGUUGGAACAGAAAUGGGGGGUACGAAGGAUGAAAUAGUACACAAUAACUACCACUCCAUGAAGUUGCCCUAUUCUUAUUCUAGGUCACCCUUAUCUUUUGGCUCUCCUUGGAACAUCAAUUCUCUUGGAACCCAAAACUAUUUGAAGAGUGGGCUAGAUCAUCACACUUUUGUAUCCUCAUCCAUACAGCGUGGUGUGUCACCACGUUUGGGUUCUAACUCAGAAAGUCUGUCCUGGAAUCAUGCAAUAAGUAAUGGACAACCAGUCAAAUAUAAGGCUACAAUAUCUUAUGAUUGGGAACCAUCUGUUCCUUUCCGACCUUCCCAUGUGAUAACUCAACAUUUAUUAAUGAAAGAAAAUCUCUACGAUUCCAUGAACAAAGUCAUUGAACUGAAAGAUGCUGGAGAUGAGCUUGUGCGAUUUUCAUAUCCUGACCGAGGGUCAUCUUUUAAGAAUGGACAUCAGCAGCCAACCUGUUUACCGGAACCGGAGAUGGUUUUGAAGUCUGCCCAAGUAGGUGAUACUGUAAAAGAUAGUUUGUGGAGCUUUGGUUCUGAGAAUAAAACACGAUUAGAUCAAAUAGUGCAUGGAGCAGAGCUGAAUGUUGACAGACAUGAUAAAACUGAAGUUAAUUUGAAGAGAGAUGGUCACAUGCAAAAUGAAGUUAAUGGGCCAAAAGCUUUGAAGUACUUUCAGGCUGCGCUCAUAGAAUAUGUGAAAGAAUUGGUGAAACCAACGUGGCGGGAGGGCCUUUUGACAAAGGAUGCUCAUAAAAUAAUAGUUAAAAAGGCUGUAGACAAGGUUAUUAGCACAGUGCAGCCUCACCAAAUUCCUGGCACAAGUGAAUCAGUGAAACUUUAUCUGAUUUCAUCAGAGUCCAAACUUACUAAGCUAGUUGAGGGAUAUAUUGAUAAGUAUGGGAAAUUUUAGAGAUUGCUGAACAAUCUGCCCUUGUUUCACAAACUCUUCCUGUAGCUCCCAAAGGAAAGUUCUGAACCCUUCUUUAUGGGCCUUUAUUCUAUUUAUUUUCUUGAGACAUCUAAGAACUAAGACAUGGCUGGUGAAAUGAUGGAUGCUAUGUUGAACAUUUCCUUUGCUUCAAAUUUCCAAUGUGAAUCUUCUGAAUGAAUUUCGGUGAGAUGAAUUAAACAAUGUUGCCUAUAGAAUUAAGCUGCAAUCUUUAGCUGCCAGCACUUUACAUGUACUUAUAUUGGUAAGUCUUUAUGUGUGUAUGGGAGUUCUCAUAAAUUUAUUCUAACCAUUCUGCUAGGUAAGUGUGUACCUUUUGAAGUGUAGUACCCAGGAUGGAGCUGCAAGUGGAUUUUCGAAAUGAAUUUUGGUGAAUUGAAGUGAACUAUAGUGCAUGUGUUGAACUGCACUAUUUAGGUGGAAGCUCAUUAAAGGCAACUUUUAUUGUUGAGGCUUUGUGCGUAUGGGUCAAGUUUAUAAAAUUUAUUCUAACCACUCCACCGGGCAAGUAUACCUAUCAAACUGUAGUACACAGGGUGGGGCAGCCAGUGAAUUUUCACAAUGAAUUUGCUAAAUUGAAUUAAAUAACACUCCUUAUAGUUCAAGAUUCAAUAUUUACGCACCAGCUCAUUAGAGGCAUUCUUUUAAGUUCCUCUGUUGUGUAGUUUUGAAUGCACUCAAAUUCAUUCUUACGACUCAACUAGGCAGGUAUACCCAUUGGCUUGUAUUGCAUUAUUGAGUGGUGAGUUUUGAAUAUAUAGUGACCGAAAACAAUAUUAUUUACACCUUGCAUCCUAAGUUCAGCCUAGCCCAAUUGAUUUCAUUAAUGGUCAACGAGUAUGAAUAUGACUAUAAUAUUUAAGUUGAAUAAAAUACAAAUAAAAGUGAGAAAGUGAGCAAAUAAUAGUUAGAAUCAAGUUUUACGGAUGCUAGACUUCAUGGUGAAUCUUCCAAAUUAACAUGCAAUUGAUUAAGUGAACACCAGGGGUCUGUUUCUUUAAUAAAAAUUUUCCAACACAUUUUCUCCAAAAUAUUAAUAUACUACAAACGUUCAUUAUUUUUAUAUUAUCUACAAAAUUUCUUAUACCCCACGUAAAAAAAGAAAAAAAAAAAAAAAUCAAACCAAAAAUCAAAACAAACACACUCCAGAUCAUUUUGAUGCCCCUAAGUUAUGUUAUUCCUAUCUGGAGAAUAGUGGUUUUCCAUAACUCUGAAAUUCAUUAAUCAACAUCAUUUCCUACUUAUAUGGAGGACUUUAGAUUAGGUAUGGUUCAUUCAAUUUAGACUUGCUAUUGUCCUUUUUUUGCCCAAGAUGCAAAUAAGAUAAUUGCACAUAUAGAAGUGUGGAUAUUAACAAACAAAAGUAAACAUGCAAUACUUUGACUAUCAAAACACACUAACAUUGUUAUCAUGCAUUCUUUAGGAUACAUCUCUUUGGGAGUUUGGACUUUUGCUCUUCAUGAAGCCUAGAGAAUUGUGUCUUGGCAGCCUCAUUGAUCUCUAUUGAAAAUCUUUCAGUGACAUUCCAUGUUAAAUAAUGUUUGUCUUAUCAACUUUAAAAUUUUAUAUUUUAAAAUGAUUAGAAACAAUGUGGAUAAUUCUACUAUAUCCCAACUUUCAACACAUAAUAUUUCGUAGUAGUGUGGUACAUAUUCAAACAGAUACGUAACAUAACAUUAUGUGUGGAACCCAGAACCAGCACCACUAACACUAUAGCAAACACUUCCACAAGUUGUCAUCUAAGUGGCCCAUCUUAUAGGUAGUCGAAUUUCUUUCCACAAACAAGUGCUAUCUCAAAGUAUAGGCCAAUGCUCCAUAACACAUGCAUAAUUUUAUCUGUCAGACCAACAAGUUAGAUUGAAUAGGAUUAAUUGUUUGGCUUCUUAUUGUUUCACUAUAGCCAAUGGUCAAUUAUGCAAAUAACAACACAUUUCAUUUGGCAUUGGGCUUUGCCAUGAACUAUAUAUUCUACUAACCGAUUAGCCUCUCUAAUGUAACCAUAAUAGAAACUUUAUGGCUAUGGUGGGACAUACAAAUACUUCACACACAUAUAUAGUUGUAAUAGAGGUAAUAGAUGACUAUAUAUAUGGAAAUGCAUUAGUGGGGCUUAUGUGCUCAACCACCUCAACUAUGUUAACUUGAUUGCAAAUAGUUGAGAGGGGAAAGUUACAUAUAUGCAUCACAAGAUGGUAUAAUUCUUUUCUUUUGUACAAAAUCUUGCAUAUGGUUAUUGAUAGUGUUUUUAAAGAAAAUGUAACACAUAAGGUUAUAUGCAUGAUGUAUAUUAUUCUCUCUGUCCCAUAACAAAGUAUCAAUUUUUCCAUUUUAGUCCGUCCCAUAACAAAGUAUCAAUUUCAUUUUUUUUUAGUAACUCUACUAUCUAUAUAACAUUACAAAUACCCUUACAACUUACAAUAUAUUACACAAAUGCCAUUACUUUUAUAUCACACAUACUAAUAAGGUUAUUUUAGUCAUAUCUACUUUAUUUCUACUACAUCCCAAUAUAAUACUAAUAUUUCUAAAACUACGUGCAAAAAGCAAAUGGAUAUCUAGUUAUAGGACGGAGGGAGUACUAUAUUUAUUAUGUCUUCUCCAUCAUUUCAAAAUAUAUGCUACUUAUCACAUUAGUUGAUGAAAAUUCUUUACUUAGCAUCAUCCAUAUGGUGUGAAAGCAUUAUUAAAAAAGUGACAUGAACUAACCCUUUUGAACCCCUUUCCGUUCUAGUCUAGGCCCUCCUCGACUUGGUGCAAGUAAGGUAGAAGAAGAAGCAAUAUGUGGAAAAGCUUUGUAAGAAACAAGUGAUGGGAUUGUCACAGUGUGAUCUCCUCACUCUUACCCAACAAAGGUUGGCAACUAUGUCUAUGCCAUGACAGAGGGGCUCUCAAGGUGAAGUCUGAAGCUGCAUCCAGUUAAGAUAUGUCGGAGCUUUCACAAUCAAUGCGCGACAACACUGUUUGAUUUCUGUAAAUAAACUCCAGCUCGAUUCUUUGUAAGUUAAUACUGUGCAUAUGCAUUAGAUUCCUCUGAAUUUUGUAUAGCUUUAAUUUAUUCAUCUAUUAAUGUUUGGGUUUCUUUUAUAUGGUAUGUGUAUUUGUCCAUUCUAUGCUUUCCCUUUGCCAGAUGAGGUCGCAAAUAAAUGAUAAGCAUGGUCGCAACCAUUAUAUGUGUGUAUAUAUUUUAUGUUUGCAAAUCAGACUACAAAAUGUUUUGGUAGAAUCCCAACAGUGCAAAAUCUCAGUGUGUCUUGCAUUGCUUGCUAAUCUAGUAUAAACACUUUAGAAUAUGAACUGGGCCAUAUAAUGCCAACAGAAGCUAAAAAUCCCAAAAACAGUGCACAUGCACAUGCCUUUAAAAAUUAUUGGAAAGUGAACUCUGGGAUUGGUACAAAAUUGAUAUGGUUAACUUCACGUCUGGCUUGCUCUUAUCCAUCCCAAAAUAAGUUUAGAAUUAAAGAAUUUGGGGACAAUCUUAUCUUGUCCAUAUGUUUUAAGUAGUAACGUGUUUUUAUGCCACUUUGACAUUUUAAACUCCAAAAAAUAUAGCAUCAAAGCCCAUAUUAAACCUAAACCCGAAUUAAAUUUAUUAGUAAAGUAUAUUAAAAUGUGAAUGUGAAGUUAUUUAUAGUAUAUAUAUAUAUAGAGAGAGAGAGAGGGGGGCAUAUAUCAUAUGGUCAUAUCCAAAGAGAAAAAGCAACCUCACACAUGGACGACAAUCCGCACCUUAUUCUCUCCC